AAUGACAGCUGGCUCCAUCUCCGUUCCCCAGGUCAUCCCACUUCGGAUCCCUCUCCCAGGGAAGGCUAAAUGGGAAAUAGACACAAAUACCUUCAUAGAAAUAAAAUCAGAUACACCUGAGGUCUCUAUUUAUUACACUUUAGAUGGAAGUAAGCCAGAACUCAUCAGGAAACCUGGCUAUAGAGAACAUAACACUUUCAAGUAUAAAGGUCCUAUCAUACUACCAGUUGGGAAGAUAAUGGUCAAGGCACUGGCAGUUACAAAGGACUGCAGGAAGAGCACAGUUGUAACAAAAGUGUUUCUGGUAGAGUACAAGCAACCAAACAUCCUUUGCUCUCUUGAAGGCAAUGCCAAGAAUUUCCUAAAAGACAGCACCACACAGGGGAGGGAAGGUGGAAUGUUGACUACAAACCCAAAGAAGAAUCGAGUGAAUUUGCAAAUCAAGCCUGCCUGGAGUGAAGCACCCCAAGAUUCUCAAGACUUGGAAACAGAAAGAAAGAUUACUCACAGGUCCCUGCGUGGACCCAAGUUCCUUGUUGGUCAUUUGGAAGCAACAGAGGACAGAGAUGGAUCCCUCUCAGCACUGCCAACAGAGUCAGUACAGUUUGCCAGCUCUUCUGCAGUGACUGGCCAGAGAAGUUUAGCAAGCACACAGGUGUCAAGGAUCCAUAGGGAAACAGAUUUCCUCAGAUGUCCUCAGUGCUCUGCACCUCGCCUGGCUGACCCCUUGGCUCACUUCUGUCAGGAAUGUGGAUCUCCUAUCCCACCUGUGCCAGUACAUCACUUUCCAUCCCCUGAGGGAGCACAGAUGGCUCCCUGUCUUGAAUGCAAACAUCUGGUGCCAACAAAUACUCCCACUUGCAUUGUGUGUGAGUCACCAAAAGCUCCACAGCUGCAGCCCCAAUCCAACAGCUGCAUAAAGGGUAAAGUAAUUUGUCAGGUGUGUGGCACAGGAAAUCCUCUUCACCACAAACACUGUGUGACUUGUGAAAGCAAGCUGCCUGAACUACAUCUGGUAAGGCUUCUUGCAUCAAUAACUCCAGGGGAAAUCAAAUCAAAUCACAUACUUUUCCUUUGGAAAACUGCACCAGGGUUUGGAGGAGACACUCCACCACCUUACCACGGCCAGCAGAAGGAGACGGUUUCGUGCUCCAAAUGCCAUCGUGUUAACCGCUGUGAUGCCCAUUUCUGUGACUGGUGUGGAGCGAAGCCUGGACCUCCUCCGUCCUAUUUUGCCUGUUUCAAGUGUGGUAGCAGCAACCAGCCCUACGCUCGCUUCUGUGGGUCCUGUGGUGUUUACAUAGAGCCUCCAUCAAGGGUGGCUUCCCCCAGCAGCAGCCCCAUGGAUGCUGGGCACUCAUUGGGGUUCUCUGAGGCCAAACAAUUUCAAGCUCAAGUUGCUUGGCAGCCUCUUCCUAUUGCCUUGCCCAAAAUGAGGGCAGAACUGAAAGAAACAGAAGAGAAAGGAACCCAAACCAUUGGGCUUUUCUACCCAUCUAGCAAACUGCUGGAAAAGAAGGAGCUGGAGCUGAUUUCACAAAAGGAAAAGCUGGAGAAGAUGAGUGAUCAUAAGCCUCUUCUGACAGCCAUUAGUCCAGGCAAAGGUUACUGGAGAAAACAGCUGGAUCACAUCUGUGCUCACCUUCGAAGCUAUGCUCAGAACAACCUCCAAUUCAGAGCACUGAUUGGAGAACCUCGAAUGGGAAAGAUGAAUUCUGCUACCAUCUGUGAGGGUGACUCUGAAGUCACCAUUACACUGAAUUAUGCCCUUGCUGUCAAAAAGGACACCCCUACUACUAAACCAGGGAAGUUCAACAGUCAUGACCCAAACACUGGAGCAGAAGGCAGAGAUGGACAGCAUGGCAGUCAAACCAGUUUGGGCAAAGAGGAUCAUUAUCUUUUCCAUCCAAGAGGUGAAAUAAAGAGAGCAAAGCUGAAAGCACUUGCAGGAAAAGAAGAGGAGCUCCCUCCAGAGUCUAGACAACUCCUGGAUGAACUGGGUCCACAUGGGAAAGGAAGAAUCACCUUGGUAGAACAGUUGCUCAGUGAAGGGGCUGACCCAAACUGCACCAGCGAGGAGGACAGACCUGCUCUCACCAUUGCUGUCCUCAACAGGCAUGCAGCAGUAAUUCCCCUUCUUGUGCAGAAAGGUGCUGACAUUGACCAGCAGUCAGGGCUGCACAACAACACUGCUCUCCAUGAGGCAGUUCUGCUUGGAUCAGAGGGAGAGGAGUGCAUCCAAGCCCUGCUACGCUGCCAUGCAAGCCUGGAAAAGCAGAAUGCAGAAGGGCAGUUGGCCUAUGAUCUGGCUGUCACCGCUGGAAACGACCAAGUUCUUUCCUUGUUCCCGAGUCAGCUUGGGCAGGGAGCGCUGCACCGGCUUGGGAAACCCAGGGACGUUGAUCUUGUCAGUGUGUGAUUGCAGCUGCCUCUUCAUCAUGGCGGCACCAGAAGUUCUCUGAGACUGGGAGCACCAAAAGGCAUGCAAGCCAGUUGUCUGCAGACCUCACAGCCUUUUAAGAGCAGCUUGGGCCCCAUCACAGCCAAGUAUUUUGUGCAAGAUUCCACCCCCAGUUCCCUCCCGGCAGUUCGCAGCACAAUUCUUCCCCAGCUGCACUCUGUCCUGCAAGAUUUCCUUUCCCUUCCAAACUCCUGCAAGGAGAGGACCA